AGGACCGGGCAGGCACUAGGACCGCACGACAUACUCAACGGAGGCGCACAGUGAGUUGCUGGACUUGCUCACGAUCAGAACAAGUUUCCAACAAGUGCAGAGCUGAGAGAGCAAGAGCCUGGGACAAAUGCAAGAGAAUGUGCUCGUCUCCUCUCGGGCAUCCCGUGGACGCACACAGGAAUAUAUUCCAAUAAUCCUCCCGUGGAGCAACAGGUCAACCUUUGCAGAGGUACACCACCAUUUGCCUUUCAACUCCUUGGAAUUACAGAAAAUUGCAAUGCAACAAAAGUAGUUGAAACAACUUUUUGCAGGUAAAAGAACACGGGUUUCAUUUGCACGCUGUUUAUGUUUCCUGCGUCUGUGUUUGGUGAUAAACACAAGCUGCGGGGGGAUUUUAAUGACUACUGUACUACUGAGACACUUUCUGAAGGCCGAGCGCGUCGUAGAUCAGCUCCAGCGGGGAACCUCCAUCCCCGGCGAGACUGCUGAAGCGUAUCCGUGGGGCUCAUCAGGUUACACAGCAGCAGAGGUGCAUUCCUCUUCUCUGGAGGAGGAGGCGAGGUGUGCUGGACGGGGGCCACAUGGCAGGAGCCCGGAGCGCGGAUCGCGGCUUCAUUCGCGUCCUCUAGGUGCCCGGUGAGGCGCUUGCGUUCCCGAGCGGACUCAGAAAAGGCGGUGCGCCCAUGAGGUCGUCUAUGCUGGUCCUGUUGCUUUUCUUCAGUGCUCACGCUGUGGCCUCCGUCGGGGAGGACUCGGGCGCCGCCGCCUCCAACGCACAGCGGCGGGACUCGGGCGCCGCCGCCCCUCGGGUGGACCCCAAACUCUUCAGCCGGCGGCGCAGGCUCUCCCCCAGGGUGCUGUUCAGCGCCCGGACGCCCGACGCCGAGCCGGCGUCGCGCGGCGAGCGCAGGAGCCGGCGGCGAGCGGGGCAGCCCCAGCACCGCGGCGUGUACUCGGUGUGCGAGAGCGUCAGCGUGUGGGUGGGCAACAAGACCAAGGCCACCGACAUUUCGGGCAAUGAGGUGACGGUGCUGCCGGACGUCAACAUCAACAACGUGAACAAGAAGCAGUACUUCUUCGAGACCACGUGUCACAGCUCACACGCGGGCAACUCGGGCUGCCUGGGCAUCGACACCCGACACUGGAACUCGCGCUGCACCAACUCGCACACGUUUGUGCGGGCGUUGACGUCCUUUAAGAACCUGGUGGCCUGGAGGCUCAUACGCAUCAACGUGGCCUGCGUGUGCGUGCUCAGCCGCAAGUCGUGGCGGCAGUGA